GUGCACUUCAAGGAGCCAGGGAAAGCUCUGCCUUCCCCUGUUGCUUUGGAUGGGACCAGCUCAUUGCAACUGGUCAGUCUGUACUGACCUGGCCUUAAUGCAGGAACUAGAACCAGCCCAGGAGGAGUGUGAUGGCUGUGUGCUGCAGGAAUUUGGAAGGUGCUGUAACAUGUCCAGGUAGGACACCACCAGUGUGAACAUCAUCCCAAGACAGUCACUCCAAGCCAUCCCUCUCAGGUGGCUCCUCUGCUUCAGCCAGCAGCCAGACAAAGGUGAAGACCUGGGAUUGCUCCCCUUGUGAGAGGCAUCCAGUCGCUGCCCACAGCACUCGUAGGGAUGGAUUCCAAAGGCAACGUCCGAAGUGGAAACAAACCCGACGCCAAGGCCCCCAGCUCUGGAAAGCCAGAAAAGCCCAGCCCCGUGCCUGCCACGAAUGCAGACAAGAAGGAGACCCCCAAAGAGCAGCCUGCUCCUGCCGCUGCCACCAAGAAGGCAGGCAGCGAUGCUGCCGUCGUGAACAACCACAGCAACCUGAAACCCAGCCCAGCCGCCACGGAGACACAGGAGGCCACCGGCCAGUCCCCUGACUCUGACCACAAGGGAAACAGCUCCGAAGAGUCACCAGGCAGCAUCUUCGACAACAUGAAGCCCUUGAUCAUCAUCGGAGGAGUGGCAGUGGCUGCACUAGCUGUGAUUGUGGGAGUGGCGUUCCUAGCCCGGAAAAAAUGAAGACCGAGGCAGGGUGGGCUGAGAAACCCAACCCGGCUGUACAGCUCCUUUUGAGACAAAUGCAUGCAGAAAAAUUCUAUACAUAUCUAUAUAUAUACAGCGAGCUAGAUAGGUCAACAACAAACACCAACCGCAAAUCCAAGAGUCUUGUUCGAGACAACUGUGCCAGUUUGACCCGAUGUGGGUAACUCCAUGCACUCAGUGUGUUCUUUUCAUGUAAUAUAUCUUGGCUUAUACCACUGUGUAUAGAUAACAGCUUCUCCUGAUCGGUGUAAACGACGGUGUCCCCUCCCCUCCCCACUGUCCUCUCUGGGAGACACCCCCACCUCUCUUGCAGUCCCCUGUUCUCAAGUCCAAAGUGUUCUUUGUCCCAUCCAGAGUCCCUGCUUUGUGUUUUGGUUUCUGUUUGGUUUGUUUUUAAGUUGGGUUGUGGUGAAGAAGAUGU